CAAGUAGUCCAGUCCACAGUGAAAGAGACACACCAGAGGGCACACAGAGGCGAACAGAGAUCAAGUAUACUACAAAAAGCCAACCCAAAAACAAUAUCAACACCAGCAAAAGCUAAGCACACGUCCAAAAACCCCUCCCUCCCUUGUGACGCAUAGACUCCACUCCCCCUACCUCCCCCACUCCCAUCUCCAAACUCCUUUCCCUUCACGACCACCGUCCAAACCUAAUAUAUAUAUCACACCAAGCAACGUCACAUGACCCCCAAGGCAGACCAACCCACGCCCCGAUCGGCGCCCAAAAUCAGCCCACAGCCCUCCUCUACCUUUCUUUUCCCAUUGCCUCUGAACCAAUCACUCCAUCUCAUGACAUCACACCUCCUCAUGGCAGCCCAACACACGAGGGACGCAGUCAGGUGAGGAGUUGCCUUGUCUGCGCCAAAUUGCGGCGAUGC